UGCUGGGUUGAUGGGCGAUGAUGAUAUCAAUGCAGAUAAAGACAAAAAAAAGAAGACACAAACGCAACUUCAAUCUCUUGAAAAAUUCUACUCAGAGGAGAAAUAUCCCAAGCAAAAGGCAUUGGAAGAGUAUGCUACAUCCCUGAAUUUGACAUAUAGCCAGAUCCGCACAUGGUUUGUUGAGAGGAGAAGGAAAGAGAAAAGGGAGAAUGAAGCUCUAAGUAACUCAAAAUCCAGUGAAUCUGUGCAACCAGAAUCAGAUCAAUCAAAUGACAGUGCAUUGUUUGCUGUGGAUAGGCAUGUUGGGCGGAAAGACAAACACUCAGCACCAAUGCUGACAGUAUUAAUUGAUGACGAGGAGCUGGAACUCACGGAGUUACAGGCUGGACCAAAUCCAUUGAGAUGUUCUGCCCAUCUUGCUUCAAGUGGGAGACAUGGGUGUCCACUUUGCAAAGACUUGUUGGCCAGGUUUCCUCCAGAAAGUGUGAAAAUGAAGCAGCCAUUCUGUACAAGACCAUGGGAUUCUUCACCAGAACUUGUUAAAAAACUGUUCAAGGUUUUGCGUUUCUUAUAUACUCAUUCUGUAACAAUUGAAGUAUGCCCCUUUACCCUCGAUGAGUUUGCUCAGGCCUUCCAUGACAAGGACUCCUUGUUAUUAGGAAAAAUUCAUGUGGCUCUUCUCAGGCUGCUUCUGUUAGAUGUGGAGGGGGAGAUGACUGCUGGACUCAUUCGUCGGGCUUCCAAGGAUUGCAGAUUUCUGGGGUUUCUGAACUUUGUCAGGGAACAAGAAUUUGAUGUGAAUUUAUGGAGUAGAUCUCUCAAUCCUCUUACAUGGACUGAAAUACUGCGACAAGUGUUGGUUGCAGCAGGUUAUGGUUCAAAGCAGAAUGCAUUAAAGAGAGAAAUUUUUAACAAGGAGAGGAAUCGAAUGGCCAAAUAUGGCCUACGUCCCCGUACACUGAAAGGAGAACUAUUUGCAUUGUUAUCCAAGCAAGGAACUGGUGGUUUAAAAGUUUCUGAGUUGGCAAGAGCUUCUCAGAUUGUUGACCUUGACCUCCCCAACACAACAGAAGAACUAGAACAGCUGAUAGGCUUAACUCUUUCCAGUGACAUCACAUUGUUUGAAAAGAUCGGGCCUUCUGCAUAUCGUCUUCGUGUGGAUCCACAUGUUAAAGGAAAACUGGAUCUGCUAUCAGAGACUGAAGAUUCAGGAAGUGUGGAUGAUGACUCUGUGGAUGCCAGUUCCAGCAGUGAUGAUUCUGAUGAUUCUGAGGAGAUGAAUUCUGCUAUACAGGAAAGGCAGAUUGUUAAGUACAAGGCUGGGCGAAGGAAAACUGGCCAGAAGAUAGCUAAAUGCACUGAGAUUGAUGAAAGUUAUUCAGGGGAAGCAUGGGUCCUAGGAUUGAUGGAGGGUGAAUACUCAGAUCUAAGCAUUGAAGAGAAGUUGAAUGCUUUGGCAGCUCUGGUUGAUCUUGUAGGCGCUGGGUCUAUUUUAAGAACUAAGGAACCAAUGAGAGCCAUAUCAUUCAUUCCCAACACACGAUCUCAUGGAUCAGGUGCAAAAAUAAAGAAAUCAUCAAGUGAUCAUUAUCUACCACCGCAAGCAUCCGGGGAGGGACUUGCCCAUAAUGUAGAAGAAACAUAUUCUUUACCAGUUUCUUGUCCAACUGAUUUUUCUGCUACGUUCUUAAAGACAUCUAAGAAGGGGCAGUCCUUUGUCAAUACAAAUGGAUAUCGGCCUGGUGGUCCCAGAACAAAGAACCCUGAGCCUAUGGGAGAGCCUGGUCAAGUUGUUCAUCCAUUACAAUCCAUAUAUUUAGGAUCUGAUCGUAGGUACAAUAGCUAUUGGCUUUUUCUUGGCCCUUGUACCGCAGAUGAUCCAGGACAUCGAAGGGUCUAUUUCGAGUCUUCUGAAGAUGGUCAUUGGGAGGUGAUUGAUACAUCACAGGCUUUGCGUAUGCUUCUCUCCGUGUUAGAUGGUAGAGGCACACGGGAGGCUCGUCUUUUUGCAUCUUUGGAGAAGAGGGAAACAUGUCUUUGUCAAGCAAUGGAUGAGUAUAUCACUGAUGAAAUUAGAAUCAGGCAAACAAGAAGAUCUGAUCCAUCUGACUUAGAUAGGAAUAGUGGAGAUGGAUCUUCACCUAUUUCAGAUGUAGACAACAUUAUGAUUCCUGCAGAAUCAACAGAUAAUCUAUUGUCUGCAUCUGGUGCCAUCAUUCUCGAAGUUGGGAGGAGUGGUCAAGAUAAGAAGCAAAAAUGGGAACGUCUGCAGGCAUUUGACAAAUGGAUAUGGAGUUCUUUCUAUUCCAGUCUUAAUGCUGUAAAAUACAGGAAACGAUCAUACAUGGAAUCUUUAGCACGCUGUGAGAGUUGCCAUGAUUUGUACUGGAGAGAUGAAAAACAUUGUAAAAUAUGCCACACUACCUUUGAGAUAGAUUUUGAUCUGGAAGAAAGAUAUGCCAUCCAUGUAGCAACAUGUAGGGAAAUAGAGGAUACGAGCGAGUUUCCAAAGCAUAAGGUUCUUCCUUCACAGUUGCAAGCACUCAAGGCAGCCAUUCAUGCAAUUGAGGCGAUUAUGCCUGAGGCAGCAUUAGCUAAUACAUGGACAAGUUCAGCACACAAGGUCUGGGUCAAGCGGCUCCGACGCACAUCUUCUCUGGCAGAGCUUCUGCAGGUUCUUGUUGAUUUUGUUGGUGCCAUAAACGAGGAGUGGUUGUAUGAAUGUGCUUCUGCCUUAGGUUCUAAUAUGGAUUUAGAUGAUAUCAUUGUAUAUUUUCAGACCAUGCCGCAAACAACAUCUGCAGUCGCACUUUGGAUGGUCAAACUGGAUUCUUUGAUUGGUCCUUAUUUGGAAAGUGUUCAAUCUGAAAGAAGAUUAACAAGCAUGUCGCAGUUAAAACAAGCCAGGCCUGUACGAGAUGGCUUGGAAUCAAUAAAGAUAAUUUUUAGCAUGCGUCCAAGUCAAGACCAUCAGGACACAAGCUAAUGCCAGUGAUGACAUCCACAGGAUUGGAAGAUGUAUGGCCUGCAUAAUCUCUCUUGAGUCUGGAGCAUUUGUUCGUACUGAUGAUGAGAGAUUCUUCUACAGUCUUUUACUCUGGAUUUCUCAAUCCUUAAGAGCAUAUAUUGGUAAUUUAGUUGCCGCAGUUUUGAGCCAUACAGUGCCAGUUUUGACUGUCUUGAGAAUUAGGCAAGUCAGCUGGAUCAGCAACAGUUGGAAGUGAUUCAGCUGCCAAACAAGAUCGGCAUGGCCUGACAAGUUUUUGUGCUCAUGUAUUUUUGACGUAUAAGUUUCUCUGAUAGCAAAGCAACAUUCAUGUUAAUAUUCAUCACUUGCAUAUGUUUGAAUGUCUUACAGUUUUUUUGUUUUUUUAAUCUCUUCUAAUGUCAAUUCAGCACAUGAUCAAAAAAUUUUAGUCACAACAGCAAUUUCUUGUAAUUUGGUGAGUUGUUUGGUUGUCUUUCGGCAGAGUAAGUAAUUCUUACAUUUUCAUGUCAA